UCCCGCGGAGCCCCGGGACCGCGUCCCGCCCGCUGCCACCGGCUUCCCGAGCCACCCUCCGCAGCCCUUUCUCGCUGCCGCCGGGCCGGGGCGGCAGCUCCAGCCGCAUGCCCGGAGCGGAGCAGGAGCAGGACGGUGCAGGAAAAAAAAUGAAUUCUGAAAGCUCAGCCCUUACCAUGAGUAGCCCUGCUGUAAUAAACCAGUGUGCCAAAGAAGGAAAAGAACAAGAAAAAAUUUGGCCGAAACAGCAGCAACAGAAUAAUUUUUCCUUGUUUCCUUCCACCAAGGGCUGGAAUUUCAGAGGGAAAAAACGGAAACAGAGUACUCAAGAUGAAGAUACAAUCAGUAUCUGCAGCCUGGAUACAAGUGAGCCCAGUAACAAACGGGUCAAGCCUCUUUCCAGAGUCACAUCCCUGGCCAGCCUCAUCCCUCCUGUGCGAGCCACUCCACUGAAGCGCUUCAGCCAGACCCUGCAGCGGUCCAUAAGUUUCCGCAGCGAGAGUCGCCCCGACCUGUUCAGCCCACGGCCAUGGUCUCGAAAUGUGCCCCCUGCUACCACAAAGAGGAGAGACAGCAAACUGUGGAGUGAGACCUUUGAUGUCUGUGUCAAUCACAUGCUCACAUCCAAGGAAAUCAAGCGGCAAGAGGCUAUAUUUGAACUUUCCCAGGGAGAAGAAGACUUGAUAGAAGACCUGAAGUUGGCAAAAAAGGCUUAUCAUGACCCAAUGCUUAAGCUUUCCAUAAUGACAGAGCAAGAAUUGAACCAAAUUUUUGGAACACUGGACUCUCUAAUUCCUCUGCAUGAAGAUCUUCUUAGGCGACUUCAAGAAGUCAGGAAACCUGAUGGAUCAACAGAUUGUGUUGGCCACAUCCUCGUGGGUUGGCUUCCAUGCCUAAACUCCUACGACAGCUACUGCAGCAAUCAAGUAGCAGCCAAAGCUUUAUUGGAUCACAAGAAACAAGAUCACAGAGUGCAAGAUUUCCUGCAGCGCUGCCUGGAGUCUCCUUUUAGCCGCAAGCUGGACCUUUGGAAUUUCCUUGACAUUCCCAGAAGCCGUUUGGUUAAAUACCCACUACUGCUCAGAGAAAUUUUAAGACACACACCAAAUGAUCAUCCAGAUCAACAGCAUCUGGAAGAAGCUAUAAAUAUAAUUCAGGGCAUUGUGGCUGAAAUCAACAUAAAGACUGGUGAAUCUGAAUGCCAGUAUUACAAAGAGAGACUUAUUUAUCUUGAAGAAGGCCAAAGGGAUUCAUUGAUUGAUAAUUCACGUGCUGUGUGUUGUCAUGGGGAACUGAAGAACAACAGGGGAGUGAAACUGCACGUCUUCCUCUUUGAAGAGGUGCUGGUGAUCACUCGGGCCGUGACCCACAAUGACCAUCUCUGCUACCAGCUGUACCGACAGCCAAUUCCCAUCAGGGAGCUGGUGCUGGAGGACCUGCAGGAUGGAGAGGUGCGCCUGGGUGGAUCCAUACGUGGAGCAUUCAGCAACAAUGAGAGAAUCAAAAACUUCUUUAGAGUCAGCUUCCAAAACGGAUCCCAAAGCCAGACUCACUCUCUCCAAGCCAAUGACUCCUUCAACAAGCAGCAGUGGCUAAACUGCAUCCGCCAGGCCAAGGAAAAGGCUGCGUGUGCAGGCAAGGCUGGUGGGCUGGAAGCACAUUUCCUUGUGUCACCCAAUGGACGCAGAGUGCCCCAGGGAGAGGCUGCCCUGGAGCAGAUGGAGCAGUCGGACUGUGAGUCAGACUGUAGCAUGGACACCAGCGAGCUCAAUGCCGACUGCGAGCGCAUGGAGCAGACGAACUCUUGUGAGAGCGAAAAGCAAAUAGAAACCAAUGUUUGACAAAAGCUUACAGUUCCUGGAAGAAAAUCUGUCUCUUACCUGUACAGUAUUUGCAUUCCAUACAUGGAACCAUUUGGAGAAGCACUUUUAGAAUAUUUUUUGUGACAAUGUCAAUGCAGUUCUUGUAUUAAUACCUGUGAGUGUCGUACUGUAACUGCCCAUCUGUAUAAGCUGGAAUCUCUUGCGACUCAUGUCCUGUGAUUAUAUUCCAUGAACACCCAAGGUGGAUGAAAGAGGUACUUGACCAGUUAUUCUCAAUGUCCUGCUGUAAACAGAAUUUCUGAACUACUAUUUAUAUAUGCAUUACAUAAAUAACCUUUUCCUUAUAUUUAAGUAUUUAAUUUGCCCUUUAAAGGGGCAGCUGAAGAUGUGGACUUAAUAUGGAAUUUCAGGAUGGGUAUCAAGAUAAUAAGUUUUCUUAAAGGCAUGGAAAGAAAAAGUAGUUUCUUGGAACAGGAAAGAAAACUAUCUUGUAAUAACCUACCCAAACUCCUGUGGUAUUAAAUCAGCAAGAACUAUAAACAGCGGGCCUUGGAACCAGGGACUCUUUAGGGAUUUGUUUUUCAAAAUGAAGCACUGUCCUAAGAUCCAGCAGCCAAACUUACUAAAAUAUGGACAUUUCAAAUGGUCAGCAUAGUAAGAUGGUUUAUUUUUCAAAGCAUGUAAUGCUAAAAAUAAUCAACUGAAAAGACCACAACCAAACCUUUACAGCCAGCACUGAAUUAAAUGAAAUGCUGAGAAUACUGGAUGUUUGUAAAUAAGCUGGUAAUUUGCUUUCAGUGCCAUGUAUAUAUAUAUAUAUAUUAUAAUAUAUAUAUAUUAUCCCAAACAGUAAGAAUGGAAAGGAGCUUUUGCUUGUGAAUAGGCCCUCUUCAGCAUUUUGCACUCCACUGACCUCCACUGUUGGUUUUAAGCACCACUAAUGUUAAAACUUUUAAUUUUCUGUAAAUGUCUGUUUACAAUUACAUGUAGUUGGUUUUUAAAACUAAGUGAUGAUUUUAUAUAAAUGGUGCUCUACAAAUACCCUGUGGGAUUAUGUAGAGAGUUUAAACAAAAAGGGAAUUGUUUGUCCUUUAGGAUAUAUUACAUCCUUUUUACUUUCCUCAAGUUUUGUUUUAAAAGUUUUUGUUGCAUUUAAUUUCGUACUGUAAUUGGAAGUGUUACUGUGUUUUCUGGUGGCUGAUUUAACCUACUCAUAAUGAUGAGAAGCAGAUGAGUCACUUAAAUGCAGUCUAAAACACAUAGUUGAACAUCCUGUUAUUUUUCAGGAAUCCCUGGGUAGUAUUUUAUUUCUUACUGUAACAAAGAAUGCCAGUGGUGUUUGGUAAGCUAUGAAAAUGAUAUAUUACAAAUUUUAAAUGAUUCUUGGUAUUACACAAGAUAACCUGUGCAAAGUACUUGUAACAACAAAAGUAGAAAAACUGCUAAGUUAUUGCCAAAAAUAAUUUUUCUUGUGUUCUACAAGUUUACAUAAAAUUUACUAAGUAUCUUACAUAUAUAUAUAUGCUGAUGUGCAUUACAGAAAUCAGUGUGACAAGAUGAUAAACAAUAUAAAACAAGGUAUUUUUAUUUUUUAAAAAAAUGGCAUUUUUACCCUAUAGAACAUAUUUCUGUAUUUAUAGUUUUUAAAAAAAAAAUCAAUUUUCUUUUCUGUUUCAGGCAUUGUAAUUUAUUUCAACUGCUUCAUUUUUAGAGCUGAAAAAAUAUACCAGUGAAGAUGAAAGGAAAAAUCUGCAAAGAAAAGGCAUAGGGAAGUUGUUCAGCAAAAAUGUUGAAAAAAAGAGUAAAAAGCAUGUAAAAUGUUCAGAUAGAGAAGAAGGAAUGAAUGAAUGUGUAUUGACUUUUUUUUUUUUUUUUUUUUAAUAAUGGCCUUGAACUUUUCUGGAAGCAUUUCAAAUAAAUUACAUUAAACCAUUUUGAUUUUUAUUUGGUUUGGUUGGUUGUACAAGAAGACUACAAAAAGAUUUCAGUGGUACAUGCAGUGAGGUUUUAACCGAAGUGACCAAAGCCUGUAUUUUGUUUCUUAUAAAGUGUUAUAUACUUGCAUCUAAUUUGCUAAAUGCACAGUAAUAACAGAAACAAGUCAUUGCACUCAAUUCACCACAUUCCCCAAAGUUCUGUAUGACAUAAUUACUUUAGGAAAUAUGUGGAACAAAAAUUUACUGUCCUGUCAUCAGUUUCUCCCUCAUAAUUCCUUGUGGGUCACAACUGAAAUGUUUAAUUUUGGGGUAUGCAGAAGCCACCAACCAGC